AUGGCUACCCAGCACCCUUGUCUCCUGCUUCUGAUCUGCCUGCUGGCCCUGGCAGCUCCUCUUCUUGCCUUUGACAUAAGAAACUGGCACCUCCUCAAUGGCACUUCGGGUGACAUUGUGAAUGUUCCCUCAGAGUCCGUCCAGCCUGAUAAGGGUGACAAACAUGUUCGACAGGUCAGAGACACUGCCCCCCACCCAUCGGCAGUCCAUGGUUGGCCCAAGGACUGCAGCGAGAUCCCCGCUGGCAGCCCCAGUGGCAUCUACAUCAUCCAGCCCGCAGGACUCCACCGCCUCGUGGUGUACUGUGAAAUGAAUGUAACAAAUGGAGGUUGGACGGUCAUCCAGAGGAACAAGAAAGACACACCCAUCACAUGGGCUGAGUCCUGGAGCACCUACAAGUACGGCUUUGGGAACGUGCGCAGCGAGUACUGGCUGGGCACCGAGUACAUCUAUCAGAUUGCCAAGCAGAAGGUCUACCAGGUCAAGUUUGUCAUCCAGGACGCCACAAACACCACCAAGUUUGCAGACUACAAUCUCUUCAGUCUGGAAGAUGAAUCUCAUGGCUACCGGUUGAGGCUGGGCUCCUACACCGGGACCGCGGGGGAUGCCAUGACCUCAAACAAUCCCAACAAUAUGCAUGACAACAUGAAGUUCUCCACAAAGGACCGGGAUCAGGACACUUACAGUAAGAACUGUGCCUACAGCUAUGAGGGCGGGUGGUGGUACUCAGCGUGUUAUUCUGUACGUCUGAAUUUCAAGGGUGGCAUGACAUGGGGUAGCUUGUGCACUGGGAACUGCAAAUCCUCUCUCAUCCUCAUCAAACCAGCUCCCUACUGUUAGUGCUCCCUCCACUCCUGUCCUCCGGGGACACUCUGCAGAGGCUCAGCAUGGCAGAAGAGUCUGAGCCUUUCUGGAGCGGAGAGGGGAGCCCAGGGGUAACAGGGCUUUAGUGAAACGCCACUUUCCUUUAUCUCUCUCUGAGGGUAGGCUGUCCCUCUGUUCAGCUCUUUUCCCCUGUGCUUGCCAACGAUUCCUUUCUAUUAUAUUCAUAAUCAAAA